AUGGCUUCACAAACGCGUAAUGGCGGCUCCACAUUGAUAUCUAUUUCGCGCAGUGGUGAUUACGUUGUGCGGAUUCGUGACAAGGAAAUAGCAGUACAUUCCGCAAUUCCAAUUGAGGGAACUCGCUUCCUCCAAUCUAGCAAACUCAGCGAACCAUUAGCAACACAGCUUAAAUUCGUCAAAAUCUCGCAGCCUGAUGUAUCAGAAGAAUCCGAGAACAAGGGCAACGACAAUGGCGGCGAUGAAUAUCCUUUAGAGCUUACUUCACAACAGCGUGUUAUUUGUGGAAGUGAAAACCGCAUCUCCGUGUGGCAGAUCAAUUCGCUCGAAUGGCAUGCAAAUAUCGAGAAUAUCGAGCCGAGUGUCACGUCGGUUGAUUUUGGAGCAAGGGAUGACGAGGUCCUUUUGUUUCACGCCUGGAGUUCCAAGGCGACUAUUUUUAACCUUGACUCGGCACGGAGUCUGGUCAUCAAAUCGCCCAAAUUCUGCAACCCAAGCAGCCAAGGACACGGUUAUCGCCCACGGACGAGGCAGCUUGCUAUUCUACUGAAACCAGAGGCAACUGACUUGCUGACUAUCCACGAAGCCUAUUCUUAUGAAGUUAUCACUAAAGUGGUUUUACCUACAGUCGAUGCCCAGGGCUUAAAAUGGAGUCCUGAUGGCAGAUGGAUUGCCGUCUGGGAUGUCCCCAGCAAUGGUACCAAAAUACUCAUUUACACAGCUGAUGGCCAGCUUUUUCGUACAUACUCCGGACCUAAAGAGAUGGAAAGUGUCCACGACCUUGGCAUCAAAUGCAUCGAAUGGGCACCUCUGACACGCCGAAACCCUAACUCUGAACUAUUAGUUGUUGGCAAAUAUGAUGGAACGGUAGAGUUACUCAAUACUCGGACAUUCACAUGUUCUACGACACUAUCACACACCUUUCAGAUCGACACUCAGUCACCUAUGAUCUGGCGCGAACGCAUGUCGCCCGAGGGAAAACUUGAAUAUGCAGAGGCGUCUUCCUCGUCUGCAUUUACUACAGCCAGUUCUGACUCGUCCAACUUACCCCGUGGGGUUUCUACGCUGAAUUUCUCACACAAUGGCGAAUUUCUCGCUACAAUAGACCAAACCCGGCCGAAUAUCGUAUGGAUAUGGUCUUUGGGCAACCCCAUCACUCUAGAAUCCGCAUUGGUCCACGAUCACAAUGUCCGAAACAUAUCUUGGCAUCCACGAGCGCAAGAGCUUCUAAUAACAACUUCUAAUGGUACUUUUGCUGUCGCUCAUGUGUGGUCACUGGACCGCAAUCCAGUCAUUGCAGGAAUUCCAGUUGGGCGAAGCGAAGCAGGUAGAUACGAUGUUACGUGGGUUAUAGCGACUGCUCGCGAUGAACCAGAGACAUUCUGGUUCUGCACCCCUGAUGAUGCUGUUCUUGGUCAUGUUACGGUGGGUAAUGAUGGACAUGGCUAUUUUAAUAUGCUGCAUUCUGUCAGUAAAGGUGAUUUGAUGGCGAAUAUAGCAGGCAAUUAUCAAGCAUAG